ACCACUUUCAGUUUCUGCAGCUUACUUGCUUCGUAAACACCUCUUACGUAACGCGUUUGCCCGGUUUAACAGCCCGCAUUUGCAUGACACACUUUUUAAAAUUCAUCGUUUUAUCUAAAUAUUAAAUAUUAUCUAUUCGAUCGCUAAUGAUUUCGCACUUUUAAGUUAGCUUAAUUAUAACUAAUUGUAAGUUAGUAUUUGUUAAUUUAAAGGAACAACCGUUUGUCUAUUUUAAUUUAAUUUUAAUUUCGCGCUUAAAUCGUCACAGAUACAAACGAAAGAUAAAAAAACGUUUAUUAAAAAAAUAUAUGUUCUCGGACUGGGUUUUUGGCACGUUAAAUAAAAAAAAAAAUAGCGUAGAUUAUGUGCAGAACAAAGUGUAUUUUUAUCAUUGAGUGCAAAAGUGAUGUGUGUGUUUUGUGAAGGCUUGCCGUAAAUUUAGCACCAUCUGUCGAAAAGGUGGAGGGCGACGCGAGAGCGAGGCGUGCGCGUGCGGGCGGCGCGCCCCCGCCGCGACCGCGCCGUCGCACGCCCCGCACCCGCUGCGAGCGCUUGAUGACAUGCCGCCAGUACUCAGAUCAAACCCGUUGUACACAGAGGAGGAGGAACAAGAGGUAGUCAUAAUUGUGGACUCCCUAGAGGCCGAGGAUGUAGGAGAAGCCGGUGAGGAGCCGCGCACUCCUAGACGGGCGCCUUCUACCUCUUCAGGUAGCCAAUGUUACGGCAGCGGUGCUGGAAGCCACGGUCGGGUGUCUCCCAAUUUACCAAAGAAUGAGCAGUACGACCCGGAGCCGGUACGACUGUCGGAUGAUAAAAAUGGAUCUCAAAGCACCUCCGAUUCUGACGGCACUCCGCCGUGCACUCUCUCUAGAAGCUUGAAAGAAGAUAUUCGCUCCUGUUUGGGAGGCUGUCGUUGGGAGAAGGAUGUAAACCAAGUAGUAGAAGCGGCAGUGCGAGGGGCGGGUGGUAUGAGUGCGGCCAGAGCUCGUCUCCACGCGGCCCUGCUAGCACUGCACGAGCCGCCUUCCAUCCCCAACCGCGGGCCCUCGCUGCCGUACUGCGGCCCAGGAGUGCGACCAGGGGACGUCACCAUGAUGCCGAAGACUACGGGCAUGUCUUUAUUGGCGGCCAGCGCCCUCUUUACCCUGGACGGUGCAAGGGGCGAGGAACUUUCUAGACGUCUGGCUCGUGGUCAAAAGCGCCGUAGACGUUGCCGAGCGAUUCUAGCCCUUCUUGCUUUGCUGUUACUGCUCGUAGCUGUCGGUGCCGUUGAGCUCUUGAUGUCGCGAGGACAGCGCGUGUUUGGCGCUGUACUCCGAUGAGUAUGCUGCAUUGAGCGACACCACUGCAUAGGCCAAGAACAAGGAUUCCGAGACAAAAACAUUAUUACAUUGUUUUGUGAUUGAUUAACAAUAAGUCAUUAUUAAUAGUCAAAUAGAUGAGGUUUUAGAUUUAAGUUAUAUGUACAUUCAGGUUAAAUUUGUAUAAAACGCAUUUGGAUGUGAUAACAAUUUAAGCAUUUUAAGAUUCGCUUAUUAUUUGAACAUUGUGGUUACCGCUGGGUUAUAAAACAAUAAAACUUUGUCGAUAAUAGUUGUAAGAUUAGAUUUGGAAAUAAAAUAAUUAUAACUGUUUUAAA